AUGUAUUUAAAUGGAUAUACAAAUGACCACCAAAAAGAUAUGGAACUGAGUAGUUUUAUCGAGAUUUAUGAUUAUUCUCGCGUCCUGGGAGCGCUCAAGCGACCACCUGACGUCCUGGGGGCGCUCAAGCGACAACCUGGCAUCCUGGGGGCGCUCAAGCGACAACCUGGCAUCCUGGGGGCGCUCAAGCGACAACCUGGCAUCCUGGGGGCGCUCAAGCGACAACCUGGCAUCCUGGGGGCGCUCAAGCGACUACCUGGCAUCCUGGGGGCGCUCAAGCGACAACCUGGCAUCCUGGGGGCGCUCAAGCGACCACCUGACAUCCUGGGGGCGCACAAGCGACAAUCUGGCGUCCUGGGGGCGCUCAAGCAACCACCUGGCAUCCUGGGGGCGCUCAAGCGACUACCUGGCAUCCUGGGGGCGCUCAAGCGACAACCUGGCAUCCUGGGGGCGCUCAAGCGACAACUUGGCAUCCUGGGGGCGCUCAAGCGACAACUUGGCAUCCUGAGGUCGCUCAAGCGACAACCUGGCGUCCUGGGGGCGCUCAAGCGGCAACCUGGCGUCCUGGGGGCGCUCAAGCAGCAACCUGGCCGACAACCUGGCGUCCUCUGGGCGCUCAAGCGGCAACCUGGCGUCCUGGGGGCGCUCAAGCGACAACCUGGCGUCCUGGGGGCGCUCAAGCGACAACCUGGCGUCCUGGGGGCGCUCAAGCGACAACCUGGCGUCCUGGGGGCGCUCAAGCAACCACCUGGCAUCCUGGGGGCGCUCAAGGGACAACCUGGCGUCCUGGGGGCGCUCAAGCGGCAACCUGGCGUCCUGGGGGCGCUCAAGCAGCAACCUGGCGUCCUGGGGGCGCUCAAGCAACCACCUGGCAUCCUGGGGGCGCUCAAGCAACCACCUGGCAUCCUAGGGGCGCUCAAGCGACAACCUGGCGUCCUGGGGGCGCUCAAGCGACAACCUGGCGUCCUGGGGCGCUCAAGCGACAGCCUUGCGUCCUGGGGGCGCUCAAGCGACAACCUUGGGUCCUGGGGGCGCUCAAGCGACAACCUGGCGUCCUGGGGGCGCUCAAGCGGCAACCUGGGGGCGCUCAAGCGGCAACCUGGCGUCCUGGGGGCGCUCAAGCGACAACCUGGCGUCCUGGGGGCGCUCAAGCAACCACCUGGCAUCCUGGGGGCGCUCAAGCAACCACCUGGCAUCCUGGGGGCGCUCAAGCGACAACCUGGCGUCCUGGGGGCGCUCAAGCGACAACCUGGCGUCCUGGGGGCGCUCAAGCAACCACCUGGCAUCCUGGGGGCGCUCAAGCAACCACCUGGCAUCCUAGGGGCGCUCAAGCGACAACCUGGCGUCCUGGGGGCGCUCAAGCGACAACCUGGCGUCCUGGGGCGCUCAAGCGACAGCCUUGCGUCCUGGGGGCGCUCAAGCGACAACCUUGGGUCCUGGGGGCGCUCAAGCGACAACCUGGCGUCCUGGGGGCGCUCAAGCAACCACCUGGCAUCCUGGGGGCGCUCAAGCAACCACCUGGCAUCCUAG